CUUGAUAAUGUAAAAAAAAACAAGUCAUACUUUCCUUUGUUCUCUAUCUCUCUUCUCCUCCUCUUCUAUCUUCUUUUCCAGAUCUUCAUCUCUCCCGUGAACCUCAGAAAAAAAAAAGAACACGUAAGCUCUCUUCCUCUGUGCGGUUUUCAGAUGGAUGAUCAUCGAAGCCGUGUCUCUCUCUCUCCACCUGAUCCUCACAUGAGCAACUACUUCCUCAACCAGACAACACCCCCCGCCGACAACGAUAACGCCGUGGAAGCUUUCAUCGGAACGAAUCACUGGUCACAACAAACUCAACCUCCUCCUCCUCAGACACUGUCUCAGUUCAACGAAGACACUCUCCAGCAACGUCUCCAGACGCUGAUCGAGUCCGCGGGGGAGAGAUGGACGUACGCGAUCUUCUGGCAGAUCUCGCACGAGUUCGACUCUCCCACCGGAGAGAACACGGUGAUCCUCGGGUGGGGGGAUGGGUACUACAGAGGAGAGGAAGACAAAGAGAAGAAGAAGAAACAGAGCUUGUCUUCGAAUCCGGCGGAGCAGGAGCAUCGGAAGAGAGUGAUCCGGGAGCUUAACUCGUUAAUCGCCGGCGGAGGCGGAGCCGGAGUCUCCGACGAGGCCAACGACGAGGAGGUCACGGAUACGGAGUGGUUCUUCUUGGUAUCGAUGACGCAGAGCUUCGUGAACGGCGUCGGGCUCCCCGGGGAGUCUUUUUUGAACUCCCGCGUGAUUUGGUUAUCCGGGUCGGGCGCGUUGACCGGGUCGGGUUGCGAGCGGGCGAGGCAAGGGGAGGUUUACGGGCUGCAGACGAUUGUGUGUAUCGCUGCGGAAAACGGCGUCGUUGAGCUCGGUUCUUCGGAAGUGAUAAGUCAGAGCUCAGAUCUGAUGGAUAAAGUCAACGGUCUCUUCAACGGUAACGGUAACGGGGAAGCUUCUUCUUGGGGGUUUAAUCUCAAUCCCGAUCAAGGAGAGAACGAUCCGGCUUUGUGGCUAUCUGAACCGAACGUAACCGGAAUCGAACCGGUGGUUCAGGAAACGCCGCAGCCGGGGGCGAUUGAAAACGCGGCGGGAGAUUUGAACUUCUCGAGCUCGGGGUUGAAUCAGAGCGGGAACUUUAAGCAAGGGUCGUCGAGCAGCAAGAAGAGAUCUCCGGUUGUUUCGAAAGACGAAGAGAUGCUUUCUUUCACCACGGUGGUUCGGUCCGCGGCGAAGUCGGUGGACUCUGAUCAUUCCGACAUCGAGGCGUCGGUGGUUAAGGAGGCGAUCAUCGUCGAACCGGAGAAGAAACCGAGGAAACGCGGGAGGAAACCGGCUAACGGAAGAGAAGAGCCGUUGAACCACGUGGAAGCAGAGAGGCAGAGAAGGGAGAAGCUGAACCAGAGGUUCUACUCUUUGAGAGCUGUGGUUCCCAACGUUUCGAAAAUGGACAAGGCUUCUCUUCUCGGAGACGCCAUCUCGUACAUCAACGAGCUUAAGACGAAGCUGCAGCAAGCGGAGGCGGAUAAGGAAGAGGCUCAGAAGCAGCUAGAUGGGAUGGGGAAGGAAGGUGGCGGGUCGAGGAGGGCGAAAGAGCGAAAAUCGAAUCGAGAUUCGGGGAGUUCUGUGGAAAUGGAGAUUGAUGUGAAGAUCAUAGGUUGGGAUGUGAUGAUACGUGUACAAUGCGGCAAGAAGAAUCAUCCUGGUGCGAGGUUCAUGGAAGCGCUCAAGGAGUUGGAUUUGGAAGUGAAUCAUGCUAGCUUAUCUGUGGUGAAUGAUUUGAUGAUUCAACAAGCUACUGUGAAGAUGGGAAGCCAGUUUUUCAAUCAUGAUCAGCUCAAGGCUGCUUUGAUGUUGAAAGUUGGAGAAGACAUUUAAACAGCUUCAGCUCAAGAUGCAACUCUUGUGUUUCUUUGAUGCACCACCAACUUCAUGUUGUUAACAUUGUUGUUCAUUAGGAGAAACAGACCUGUUUUAGCUCUUAGUUUAGUGGGUUUCAUAAAUCUUAAAGCGAUAUCCAAGUUGGAGACCAGAGAGAUGUAGUAAUAUAAGAAAUCUUGUACUGUACUUGUUUGUAUAUGUAUGGAGUAAUAAGUGGGAUCAUUUCUGUUGAAGUGUAUUUGGUUCUGUGAAUGAAGGUUUUGUGUACA